AUGGCCCUCUGCGAAUACAACAGCUGCAGCUCUGCCCUCUGUGGGAUCAACACAUCCUGCGUCUCGCAGAUCCCGCCUUCGGAAGUGGUGAUCCAGCCUCCCUCAUUUACGCUGACCAUCCCGGGACCCAUCCUCUCUGCCAGCAAUGACCAGGUGGCCGUAGCACAAAAUGCUCCAUGCGCCACUGGAUAUGGAGGGUAUUGUGGUUACGGGGGAUAUGGAUCUGGCUAUGGCUGUGGAUAUGGAUAUGGAUAUGGAAGAAGAUCCCGUUAUGGGUAUCCUUGUUCUUAUCCCGGUUAUUCCCGACGAUGCAGCUACAGCAGCUGUGGACCGUGUUAA